AUGGCGACCGCGCGUCCAUGUGUGGGCAUCUACAAUCCCGAGGGCACUCCGGUGGGGUCCGCGUUGAUGCCUUCCGUCUUUUGCGCCCCCCUUCGGGCUGAUCUCGUGCGCUUCGUCUGCACGAAUCUCGCAAAGAACUCGCGGCAGGCGUACGGAGUGGCCCCCAAUGCUGGCUACCAGACGAGUGCAGAAUCCUGGGGUACAGGAAGAGCCGUCUCGCGUAUUCCUCGCGUGCCGGGGGGUGGUACCCACAGAAGCGGCCAGGCUGCCUUUGGGAACAUGUGCAGAGGGGGAGGCAUGUUCGCUCCGAACAAGACGUGGAGGCGCUGGCAUCGGAAGGUGAACGUGACGAUGAAGCGUCACGCCGUUGCCGCGGCAGUUGCAGCCACGGGCCUGCCAGCACUCGUGAUGGCGCGUGGUCACAAGAUCGAUGCGGUUCCGGAGCUUCCUCUGGUUGUGGAAGACGCAGUGGAGAGCCUGAAGAAAACGAAGGAGGCGGCGAAGCUGUUGCAGCACCUCGGAUGCGCGGAGGAGUUGCAGAAAAUCCGGGAGAGCAAGAAGCUCCGCGCUGGUCGUGGCAAAGGCCGCAAUCGCCGAUGCACUCUGAAGAAGGGGCCCCUGGUGAUCUACAACUCGGAUGAUGGCAUUUGCAGAGCUUUUAGGAACAUUCCAGGCGUCGAACUUGCCCACGUCGACAGGCUCAGUGUCUUGACACUCGCGCCUGGAGGCACUCUCGGACGCUUCUGCGUUUGGACCGCCUCCGCGUUCAAGCGUCUGCAGCUCUUGUACGGUCGCACGGAUGGCGUGGGCACUGCUGCGCUCAAGAAGGGCUACCAUCUUCCACGCCCUGUGCUCCAGAAUGCCGAUAUUGCAAGGAUCAUCAACAGCGACGAGGUGCAGAGCGUUGUGAGGCCAAUGCUUAAGGGCCCACCCAAGAAGUCGCAGCACAAGAAUCUUCUAACCAACCGCUCCGUCCUUUUGCGCGUCAAUCCGGCUGCCAAGAAUCUCAAGCGGAAUGCACAGCUAGCACAGCAGCCAGGAUCAAGGCCUUACACCAUCCUGCAGAAGAAAAAGAUCGCGAAGCGCGAAGAGCGCAAACAGCACAGGAUGAUGGGCAAGAAGUAUAUGAAGGAAAUCAGGCGCGCUUUCGAGGAUAAGGCAGCAGAGAAUAUGAGCGAAGCUCGCCAGCCGGAGGAGUAA